AUGUCCAUAGUGAAUAUUGUUGCCAGGGAGAUUCUGGACUCCAGGGGAAACCCAACAGUGGAAGUAGAUCUACAUACUGAUAAAGGUUUGUUCCGGGCUGCUGUGCCGAGCGGUGCUUCCACGGGCAUCUAUGAAGCUCUGGAACUCCGAGAUGGAGAUAAGACUCGCUACAAGGGCAAAGGUGUAACAAAGGCAGUUGGGCACAUUAAUGACACCCUUGGACCUGCCCUUAUUCAGUCAGGGAUCAGCGUUCUGGAGCAAGAGAAGCUGGACAACCUAAUGAUUGAAAUGGAUGGCACCGAAAACAAAUCUAAGUUUGGUGCCAACGCCAUCCUUGGCGUGUCAUUGGCUGUAUGCAAAGCGGGAGCAGCAGAGAAGGACGUGCCAUUGUACCGUCACAUUGCCGAUCUGGCGGGAAACCGAGACCUGGUUCUCCCAGUUCCAGCUUUCAAUGUGAUCAACGGGGGAUCCCAUGCUGGGAAUAGACUGGCGAUGCAAGAGUUUAUGGUACUACCCGUCGGUGCGGAGUCAUUUCGCGAGGCCUUGCGUGUGGGGGCGGAGCUUUAUCAGACGCUGAGGGGCGUGAUCAAGGAGAAGUAUGGUCAAGAUGCGACGAAUGUGGGUGACGAGGGCGGGUUCGCGCCUAACAUUCAGGAAAACAGCGAAGCUUUGGAGCUGAUCAAGACAGCCAUCGAGAAGGCUGGUUUCACCGACAAAGUGGUGAUCGGGAUGGACGUGGCCGCCUCUGAGUUCUUCAUUGAGGGCAAGUACGACCUGGACUUCAAGUCCCCGCCCAAUGCCGCGCGCAACAUCAGCGGCGAGGAGCUGGCCGCCAUCUACCAAGGCUUCAUCAACAACUACCCAGUUGUUUCCAUCGAAGAUCCCUUUGACCAGGAUGACUGGCCGGCUUGGACUCAGUUCACAGCCUCUGUGGGGAUCCAGGUGGUUGGAGAUGAUCUGACUGUUACCAACCCACGUCGGAUACAACGGGCCGUGGAGGACAAGGCCUGCAACUGUCUGCUGCUCAAAGUCAACCAGAUCGGCUCCAUCACAGAGGCCAUCAAGGCCUGUAAGCUAGCUCAGGAGAACGGCUGGGGCGUGAUGGUUAGCCACCGCUCGGGUGAGACCGAGGACACCUUCAUCGCCGACUUGGUGGUGGGUCUCUGCACUGGACAGAUCAAAACCGGAGCCCCGUGUCGUUCGGAACGUUUGGCUAAAUAUAAUCAGCUCAUGAGGAUUGAGGAGGAGUUGGGUGAUCAGGCUCGCUUUGCUGGACACAACUUUCGCAACCCCAGUGCACUCUGA